GCGAGUAUCGCGGCGGGCCUGCGAGCCGGGGCUGCAGUUGAUUCCUCGGCCUCCUCGUCCUCGGCGGCCGGCCAGGUCAGGCCAGACCCGCGCGCGGUGGGCAGCUGGUGGCUGCCUCAGGCGGAGACGGAGGUGCGGCGCGGGGUGGGGGCCGCCGCCGCCUUCGCAGGCGUCCGGGCCGGCCCGCGCCUUUGCAGCGUGCUCCAUGCAUCCGGAGCCCGCCCCGCCCCCGAGCAGCAGCAACCCCGAGCUUCCCCUCAGCGGCGGCAGCACCACCAGCGGCAGCCGCCGGAGCCGCCGCCGCAGCGGGGACGCGGAGCCCCCGGGGUCGCCACCCGCGCCACCCGCCGUCACCUACCCGGACUGGAUCGGUCAGAGUUACUCCGAGGUGAUGAGCCUCAACGAGCACUCGAUGCAGGCGUUGUCUUGGCGCAAGCUCUACUUGAGCCGCGCCAAGCUCAAAGCUUCCAGCCGGACCUCGGCUCUGCUCUCCGGCUUCGCUAUGGUGGCGAUGGUGGAGGUGCAGCUGGACGCUGAGCAUGACUACCCGCCUGGGCUGCUCAUCGCCUUCAGUGCCUGUACCACAGUGCUGGUGGCCGUGCACCUGUUUGCGCUCAUGAUCAGCACCUGCAUCCUGCCCAACAUCGAGGCGGUGAGCAACGUGCACAACCUCAACUCAGUCAAGGAGUCGCCCCACGAGCGCAUGCACCGCCACAUCGAGCUGGCCUGGGCCUUCUCCACCGUCAUUGGCACACUUCUCUUCCUGGCCGAGGUGGUGCUGCUCUGCUGGGUCAAAUUCUUGCCCCUCAAAAAGCAGCCAGGCCAGCCAAGGCCCACCAGCAAGCCCUCCGCCAGCGGCGCAGCCGCCAAUGACAGCAGCGACAGCAGUGACAGCAGUGGCGGCAUCACCCCGGGCCAGGCUGCCGCCAUCGCCUCCACCACCAUCAUGGUCCCCUUUGGCCUCAUCUUUAUCGUCUUUGCUGUCCACUUCUACCGCUCACUGGUAAGCCAUAAGACAGACCGACAGUUCCAGGAGCUCAACGAGCUGGCCGAGUUUGCUCGCCUGCAGGACCAGCUGGACCACAGAGGGGACCACUCCAUGACCCCUGGCAGCCACUAUGCCUAAGCCCCCCCUCUGGGGUGGGCACUUCAGAGCUUUGGUCUUAACGCCCUUCCCCACGACCUUGUCCUGCCCCAGCCCAAGGACAGCCUGCGCAGGGGGCCAGGCUCUCAUCAGGGGGCAGAGCGUGGAGGGAAGAGACUUUUUUAAAGAGAAAUGACUGCACUUUGAAACUUUCCUCUAAGAGAAUAAGCACUUCCUGAUCUUCCAGCUCCAGGUUCACCUCCUGUUUGGAGGCCACUGGUGGGAGCCAGAGCGGGGACAACAGUCCCUUUGUCCCUCCUCCUCCCCCAUGCCAGUGCCACCUGGAUGCCUCCUGUCCUUUUCGUCUUGACCCCCCGCCCCUGUUCAGGGUCAACUGUGUGUGUGUGCGUGUGUGAACACAGAAAUAUACUCAUAAGGGACACCUCCUCCUGUGUCUGUAUUUGUUAGGUCUGGACCGCCUGGUGUUACUUCUCCCAGUGCCCCAGUCAGGUGAGCCCCUGAGCAAAAAAAAAUUUUACAGCAUUUUCUGAGAUUUCAAACGUACCCAAAAAGUUGCAUGAACAGUAACUGAAAUAGAUACACAGUCAGUUCUCCUUAUUUGCAGUGGUUAUGUUCCAUGAAGUCACUGUGAACAAUGAAUUACUGAACCAUCGCUCCUAAGAGGAAUAUGGAGUUAGCUUGUUAUGGCCUCUGGUCCCAACAUUUUUGUCAGCCAAUCAGUAUGUAGACUUGUUUUAUAUGUGUUUCUGUUUAAUGACCCCUUAAUAUAUGUUGAUUCGUUAACGCUGGACUCAUGGCUAACAGCCCUAUCACUCACGCUUACCUGAAGCUUACGUAACGUAUGUUUUUCCCAUAAGGCACAUCACGGCCUUCCUGUGCUUCGGCACUGCCCUUGGGGACCAUUUUAAAGAGUGAAAUCAACAAAAAGCACAGAAAUGUGGGAAAGCGUAGCACUAUUUGUGAAAAGGAUGCUUAUUUACAGCGUGAGCUGAAACAAGAAGGCAGGGGGUCACCUUGUUUGACCACAGCAAGUAGGCAAAUUCACAAAUACUGAAACCGUGAAUGAGGAGGAUGCUAGUAUGUUCCCCCCCUCCCGAGGCAUAUGCACCAGUUGCAGAUUUCUUCCUAAGAUAUUCCUCUAUGUAACCACAUGUCAAUGAUUGGAUUCAGGAAAUUUAACAUUUAUGUGAUACAGUCAUCUAAUAUGCUUAUUUUCAGUUUCCCUCUUGUCCCAGUCAUGUCCUUUCUGACAGUGGUUUUUCCAUCCAGGAGCAUGCGUUGUAUUGAGUUGUCAUGUCUUUUUAGUCAUCUUUAAUUUGAAACAGCCCAUCUUUGUUUUUUGUAAACAUCAACAUUUUUGAGGAGUCCAAACCAGUGGUUUUGUAGAAUGCCACCUAUGUCUAGUUUCCCUGAAGCUUUCUCAUUAUUUUGAUCACGUUGUGCCUUUUGGCAGGAAUUUUGAUCUCCAUUUUGCAGGUGACAAAAAUCAAUGACCAAAAUAUGUAGGUAACUACUAGGCAAAAUUUGAGCCUGGAAGUCUGGCCCAGAGCCCCGGCACUCACUAAUCUUACAUAGGCUGAUUCUGGCUUUGCUUAAGAAAUUGAGAGAUCCAACAGCAGCAUUGCCAGGCCCACCUUCUUAAGAAGCAACAGCUGAGCUGCAACUACCUCUUCCCCAGGAGAUGUGUUUGCCUCAGUCCCCACCACUCCCUCUUGUCUCACACCAGUCCAGCUUCAUAUGUUAACUUGCCUAGCCCCUGUGGGUCUUUGAUUUUGAGAGCUUUGUUCUGUCCCACAAGCCUGAUACAGAAAGUGGUUUUAUAAAAAUAAAGUGCUCUGGCUGAAGU